GAAGAUUUUAUCCAAUGACAACUACCUAAUUUAACAUGCAUGCCAUGUUUUCAAUGUAGGAUUUCUAUCUGGCACUGUAAACAAACGCAUGUUAGCAUGAAGGAAAGAGGAAGAGAGGACGAAUUGUCAGUGAGGAGGAGGAGACUAUUUAGCUAGUAAAAUUAGCUUGACGGGGUUUCCACUAGCUAGCACAGCCACAAAGUUCAAAUGGGCUAUAUCGUAAAAAAUAUCGAAAACAUAAUUGGUGUUAAUGUAAGUUUAGGCAUAAGGUUAUCACUGUGGUUAAGGUUAGGUUUAACAUCUAAUUUUAAGUAGACAAAUUGUAGAAAUAGGUGGUGUUUAUGACUUUGUGGCUGUGGUAACGACCGUUUGACGGGGAUUCCAAUCAAAAAUUGAAGCGUUGUGUCAAGGUGCGUCUUGUGUCGCCAGAUGUCUUGGAGACAGAUAUUCCACACCAGCUGCGUGGUGCUUCUGGUACAGCUGCUCUGUCUGGAGGCAGUGCCCAUCAGUCUGGACAAGACCAAGGUGAACCAGCCGGAGGACAAAGCCUCAGAGCCAUCACCAAGUGUGGACACUGGACUCCACUAUGACCGUUAUCUCAGGGAAGUCAUUGAUUUUCUGGAAAAAGACCAGCAUUUCAGAGAGAAGCUCCAUAACACAGAUAUGGAGGACAUCAAGAUGGGGAAGCUGGCCAAAGAGCUGGACUUUGUCGGCCACCAUGUAAGGACACAACUGGAUGAGCUAAAAAGGCAGGAGGUUAGCCGGCUACGGACAUUGAUCAAAGCCAAGCAAGACAUCGAAGGAGGGAACGAUAUGGCAGUAGACCACCAAGCUCUGCUGAAACAGUUUGAGUACCUGAACCACAUGAAUCCUCACACCUUUGAAGUGGAGGAUCUGGACAGACUCAUCAAAUCAGCCACAAACGAUCUGGAGAACUAUGACAAGGAGCGCCACGAGGAGUUCAAGAAGUACGAGAUGACGAAAGACCAUGAGCGAAGGGAACACCUCAAGACUCUAGACGAUGAAGGGAGGAAGAAGGAGGAAGAACAUUACGAGGAGAUGAAGAAGAAACAUGCAGACCAUCCCAAAGUCAACCAUCCAGGCAGCCAGAAUCAGUUCAAAGAGGUGUGGGAGGAAGCAGAUGGUCUUGACCCUGAAGAUUUUGACCCCAAGACCUUUUUCAAGCUGCAUGAUUCCAAUGGAGACGGCUUCUUCGAUGAGCAGGAAUUGGAGGCAUUGUUUACCAAGGAGCUGGAGAAGAUCUAUGAUCCUACCAAUGAAGAAGACGAUAUGGUGGAGAUGGAGGAGGAGCGCCUGCGUAUGAGAGAGCACGUCAUGAACGAGGUGGACACCAACAAAGACCGACUGGUCUCCUUAGAAGAGUUCCUGAUUGCCACAAAGAAAAAGGAAUUCCUGGAACCAGAUAGUUGGGAGACCUUAGAGCAGAACCAGGCCUACACAGAUGAGGAGAUGAGGGAGUUUGAGGAGCACCUGGCCCAGCAGGAAGAGGACCUCAACCAGAAAGCAUCAGACCUCCAGAAACAGAGGGAUGAGUUGGAGAGGCAACAGGAACAGCUCAACUCGCAGAAAGUAGAGCUUCAGCAGGCAGUAGAACACAUGGAACGGUUGAAAACACAGAAAGUUGAGCCCCCUCCAGAGGUUCAUGUAGAAGGGAAUGCUAUCCCAGAGCCACGAGGAGAGUACCAUCCUUUGCCCCCGGGCCACCAAGAUAUGUCCCAAAACCACCCGGGUAUGAAGCAAGACAACCACUUCCAGAACCAAAUACCCCACAACACCCAGGAUUUGUCCCAACCACGACUCCAGGAUCUGCCCCCAGGCCAUCAGGCAGUGCCAUAGGGCCAACAUGACUUACCAUGUCAUGUUGCCAUAGGCCCCCAUCAGAACCAGCCCACGCAACCCCAGCUGUCAGAUGAAACUAUAAACACCUCUGGCUCCAUGGCCCCCCACCCACAGACCUUUGCACACUGGACUGGAGGUAUAUAAGUACUGUGGAGGUCCCUCCAUAUGGGCAUGUGUGGCCCGUUAUCCUGAAAGAGUUAACUGAAAACCAGCUGGAGAACACAGGAGGCGUUUACAGUAUCUCUGCCCACUUGUGGAUUUCAAUUUGAGCCUCCAAGGCCUAGAAAUGUUUUAUACGUUUGCGGCCUGGGAAUUUGUGUUAUAGAGUGCAUAUGCGGUAUGUGAUGUAUGGAUUGGUCAUAAUUGAUCAUUAUUUAAAAUGCAGAGCUUUGGUGGAAUUGUUUUGGUAGUGUCAAUGUAUUUUGGAACAUAAUUUUUAAUUAGUGCUGUGUGAUAUGACAAUUAGGCCUAAUAAUUGUCUGGUCACUUCACCUGAAUAAUGAUAAUGUUGUGAAAUGUAUGGAUUCCUGAAAAGGCUCCAUUUCAAAAGGCACUGAAAAUGGCAUUGGGAGCAUUAUGAACAGUAAAGACAACUGUCUCAUGGAACAGAGUAGAAUAUAAAUCUACUUUAUUUUUUGUAUGGGUUCAUUCCUGUGUAUUACUUCAUAUUCUCAAGUCUGAUAACAGCCAUGUAUGCUAAUGUUGGCUAUUAUGGGCACUAGUCAUGGGAAACCUGAGUGCAUUGCAGUCUUAUUUUGUGGUACUUAUACUAUAGCCAGCCCUUUUGGAUGUGCAAAUGCAAGAGUCAGUUGAUGAUCUGGUUAUUUCUGUAGAGAUUAUAGGUAACCACGUCUUGUUUUCACGUUUGUGUUUGAGUGAGGCUACUGUUCCUAAUGACCUGUAGGUGUGUCUUGGCCAAGGCCAGUACAUGUAUUGAUACUGAACAGCCCGUUACCAGGCAAUGAUGUCUACCUUUUGUACUCAGCACAUCACCCCCAGAGUCUCUUUUAAUGGGCCUUUUUGUUUUAAUUUUACCAAAUUCUGCUGGCUAGGGCAAAUGCUCUUUUAUCUUGCACCAUAGAGGUGUGCCUAAUUUUUCUCUGUAUAAAAGAUUAGUUUAAUUUUCAGAUGACCAAUUGCACAGGAAAACAUCUGUAAAGUGAUAUUCUUUAUAGCUAGAGUGAAACUAACACAAAGUUGACAGAAUCCUUACAUUCUACAGACCUACAGUGUAGACAUCAGUUCCAAGGUAUGUUUUUGGACAGAGCAGAAGUGACAAAUGCAAAUGUACAGAACAUAACCGCUACCAUCUGGCCAGAGCAAAAUGUGUGCACAGGAAAUCUUAAUUUUGGGUAAAUCAGUCAGACCUAUAACCUGCUUAGACUACACACCAUUUGUACUGACUUUACUCCCCAACAUGCCAUAGCAAUACAAUGUACAGUAUAAACAAUCUUCACAUUGAGACAAUGUCCUUGCAUGGUAUGACUGCAGUCAAUAUAUUGUUUGGUCUUUCGUGUCAUGCUUCCAAAGCCUGUCACUAGCCCCAGACAGUUUUGUAAAUGAUUGCCUAUCAAGCAAAUACCCAAAUAAACAGUCCAACAGCAAAGGCACACAUGUUCCAGCUUGAUCAGUUUAAGGCUAUGCAAUAGCAUGAUUGUGAGAAAGCUAAAUAUCUGCCAGAGCUACGGGUGGUAUGUAUGGCUUCAGACCCAGGCUGCACCAAACCAACCUAGAGGUUGAUAUGGAGAGGAACAGUCAGAUCAGGGGAAGGAUGGUCCAGGAGGGUAGAGAUGAUUGUAUCCAAGACUAAUUGGCUUGAUGUCCAGAUAGUUGGGUCACCAUCCCUCGGCUGGGCUUGAACAGUCCCCCCCGGCCUGCAACCGCCAAGCAGACAGAAAAUAAGUCAGCUGAGGCCAGCCUAUCACCCUUAUUCUGGGUUAAGUCUGGGCAUGGAGUAUAAACAUCCACAUUCUAUAAAUGGCUAGUGUGCACCUGCCAGGGAAGGGAUCAACUCUAAUAUGGAGACAAAAUGGACAUUAUGAGCAAGCUAAUACACCCAUCACAAAAUGUAAUCAUGUCAAUUCAGCUAGUCACAGUGAAUAAUGCCACUGUGUAUAUAAGAGCUUGGGAAGCUUUUAUCCAGGUCUACAGAAUGUAUUUUGCCAGAUGGAACCAAAAGGGGCGGGGUAGAUCUGUUGCCCUAGGAUUUACAAAGAACUCCACAGGUUUACUUUGAAACUCAGUGACAUUUGUUUCAUGAAUGUGAAUGGCCAACAAUACAUGUAGCCUCCCAUGACAAAAUACAGAAGGCAGGGCACAGCGGGUGAGGGAGACAGAAGCAGAGUGAAGGUCUUUCAGCAAAGCAUAACCAAAAUCCUCCAACCCACUCUUAACCCCAAGAGAUGUCAGCAGAGGCAGAUAAGGCUGUGGUGGCACCACAGAGCAGCAGGGAUCAACGAAAAUAAAUUAGCAGCAGACAGCAGGUUAUACAACACAUCUUUAUUGAAACAGUCUCCCAAGGAGUAACAUCAGCUUACAAAGAUGGAAAUAAAACAAACAUGUAAUGCAAUGAGAACCAAAAGCACCAGGGAAAAGUGGUUGACGGCUGGGCAGUGACAGAAAAUAUAAAAGAUUCUCAUGGAUUGGACCGACAGUUGCAGGGGUUUUUUGCAUUUAUUUUGUACAAAAAAUAAAUUAAUGAAAUCUUUCAAGUUUACAGGAAUAUCUAUUUGUUGUUUCGAACACAGACUUGCUGAUAAAUCUAAAUGCUGUGGAUUUCAGCUUUACAUGU